GCCCGGCUCCGAGUGUGGCUGGGAGAGUUGGUUCCUGCUUUGGGACAUGGCUCGAGGAGUCUGUCUUUGGCCCUUUCUCAGGAGAGUUAGGACUCCUGCAUCCUCCAGCUUUCUCCCUUUCCUCUUUCUCUGGCUCCUGAUGCUUACCGGGGUUUCUUGGCAGGCUCCCCACGCUCCACGGUUCGUGCAGGUUCAAUGCCUGGAGUCCCACAUGGUGGUGAGCGUUGAAAGAGAUCUGUUUGGCACCGGGAAGCUGGUCAAAGCCACGGAUCUCAGCCUGGGCCUGGGGGGCUGCAAGCCUGCAGCUGUGCAAGAAGAUGCUCAGGUCGUCACCUUUGAGGCUGGCCUCCAUGAGUGUGGCAGUGAGGUUCAGGUAACUCCAGAUGGACUAAUAUACCGCACCAGCUUGUUCUACCGCCCACACCCAAUUGGAAGUUUUACCAUCUUAAGGACUAAUCGAGCAGAAGUUCCCAUUGAAUGCUACUAUCCUAGGUGGGGCAAUGUAAGCAGCAGAGCUGUCCAGCCUACAUGGGUGCCCUUUAGGUCCACCGUAGCUUCUGAAAAGAAGCUUGACUUUUCUCUGCACUUGAUGAACGAUGAUUGGACGGCCGAGAGUACCUCGGCCGAGUUCCAGCUGGGUGACGUAGCCCACCUUCAGGCUGAAGUCCACACGGGCGGCCACGUGGCGCUGAAGCUCUUUGUCGACAGCUGUGUGGCCACCCUGAGUCCAGACAAGAACUCGGAGCCCCGUUACAGCAUCAUUGAUUACCGUGGGUGCCUGGUAGAUGGCCUUUCUGAAUCCUCUUCAGCCUUCAGAGCCCCCAGGCCUAAGCCAGACAUCCUCCAGUUCACAAUGGAUGUGUUCCACUUUGUCCAAGAUUCCCGGAAAUUGAUCUACAUUACAUGCCACCUGAGGGUCACUGUAGCUGACCAAGCCCCAGACCAAAUAAACAAGGCCUGUUCCUUCAACAAAUCCACCAAUAGCUGGUUUCCAGUGGAAGGAUCUCCUGAGAUCUGCAAGUGCUGCAACACCAAAAACUGUGAAAACCCAAAGGGCUCCAGGGGCCUACUUCCUAUCUCUGCAAAGCCCUGGAAGAGAAUGGCUUCCCUCCACCAGCAGCAAGCGAGAGAGGCAGACCUCACUGUUGGGCCCGUGUUCUUGGCAAUGAACAUCAGUCGUCACACCCCAAGGGAGCCCAACCCGGAUUUCGUGGAAAAGUACGCAGCCCUUGGCCUGGGCCUGUCCCUGAUUGCCGUCUCGGUUUUUACCUUAGUCAUCAUGGCCCUGGUCCUCCUCUGUAGGAAGCACAACAGUGCUUCUUGAUUUGUCUGCUGGCCAAUAAAAAUAAGAAAAAGAA